AUGGAUAGUGGCUACGGAUAUGGAGGCUCCGGCGGCGGCGGUGGUGGUGGCUUUAUGGCAGGAGAGACCAGCAGCCCGUCUGGUGGAAAGGGCUCAUACAACAAUGCCACCCUCCGACCGAUCACAGUGAAACAAGCCCUCGACGCGACGCAACCAUACCCCGAGGCGAGCCACCAGAUCGACGGCGCCGACGUAUCGAGCGUGUGUCUGGUCGGCCAAGUCCGCAACAUCAGCUCCCAAAGCACGAACGUGACGUACAAGAUCGACGAUGGCACGGGCGAGAUCGAAGUCAAGCAGUGGCUCGACUCCACGACGGCGGAUACGAUGGAGAUGGACGAGGGCAAGGGCCCCGGGGCCCCGGGCAAGGACCAGGUCGAGCUGAACGCGUACGCGAAGAUCUUCGGCAAGCUCCGAUUCUUCGGCACCAAGCUGUUUGUUGUGGCGCAUUCGGUGCGGCCGCUCACCAACAUCAACGAGUUACAUUGUCACCUGCUGGAGGCCGUCGCGGUCCAUUUGUUCUUCACGCGUGGACCACCUGGCGGUGCUGGCGCGGCAGCUGGUGGUGCGGCCGGCGCGGGCGAUUCGGCCAUGGGUGGAAUGGAUGAUUACAGCGCUAACAAGUCUCUGCCGGCGAUGAGUGCGGUGGCGCGCAGAGUGUACAACCUUCUCAAGACCGAACCUCAGAGCAACGAGGGUCUGCAUGCCCAGUUGAUUGCCGCGAAAUUGAGCCUCCCUAUGCCGGAUGUGGCGCGUGCUGGAGACGAGUUGCUUACGGCUGGUGUGAUUUUCUCGACGGUGGAUGAACAGACCUGGGCUAUUCUGGACUACUAG